AUGAAAUUCACAUGCCCAUAAAAGGAACAUUUAAUAAAAUUUUCAUCAGUUUGGGAUUACCUCAACCAUCUGCAAAAAUGCCACAUCAUAAACGAGCGAAUUACCACCUAUGGUGAAACGAGAAAGUAUCAAUGUUCAUUAAAUAGAAUAGUGAAUAUUAUUUUUGCGCCUUUUGCCUACAAGUGUUCGAAUUGUAAACGGAAAGGGAUCAUCACAUCUCAAUCUGUAAAAAGGAGAAUCGCACCCCAAUUUUUAAAGAUUCCAAUGUAAUUUAAAUCAUUAUCAGCAAAGUCCUCAAUUCCAUUGGGAAGAACGGGAUCGUCGAAGAUUUAAGAAUUGAUCAAGCAAUACAAAAGCCGUCCCAAUGCCUAAAAGUAAAUGAUUAUGAUGAAGGAAGAUGCUUAUAAUAUUUUUGAUUAAGAUGUAGUGAUCACGGCAGAUCCCCGAUUGAGUAUUCCCAAAAUUGAAUUCAAUCAAAUAAAAGCCGCAAACAUAUCAAUAAUUGAUAGGAUCUCCUUUAAUUUACUAGGCGGACACGCCAAAAUGGAAGCAGCCUAUUUUAAACUACAUAAUAAUUAUAAAUUAGAAUAAGUCAAUCGAGAUUACUCCUUCAAAAUUAAAUAGGAUAAACUCAAACAAAUCUAAAUUACCCACAAUUUCUAAAUAACCAAAAAAUUGCUUGAAGAUUCCAGAGUCUUAGAAUUCUGUGAAUCAAAACUCGAUAAAAAUCCAGAAAUCUAUUUACAAUUCAUUUAAAAUAAAGGCCAAAAAUAAUUCUGGCUUUUGAUACCAGAAUCAUAGAAUUUGGUUAAAGACUUUUGUUUUGACGAACCCUGGUGUAUUUUCAAUAUUGUUGUUACUUAAUCGACUAAUCAAAAUACUUAGGACUCAAUCUAAAUGUCUACUUAAAAGUAAGAUCCAAUCAUUUAACAAUUGUAAAUGUAACUUUAAAAGUAAGAAGAAUUAAGUGUGUUACUGAAAGAGAAAUUGCAAAAUAGUUUUAAAGAGAUAGAGUAAGCAAAAGAUAUCAAUUAAACAAUGAUAUAGGCAUAAGACAAAAAUGAAACUUUGCUAGUCUAAUUGCAAAUAAAAUUAAGGGAAAUGGACUUAGGUUUUGAAAGUGUCAAAGAACAAUAUAAUGCUAUAAAUAUCAAAAAAUUAGAGCAAGCAGAAUCAAACUUGGCUGGGUUCUAUAAUAAUUAGAGAUAACUUGAAACUUACAAGUCCUCUAUGAGGAGGGAAGAACAAAGCAUAGACUAUCUACAAAAAAUAAGAAAACUAACGAAAACUAAAGAAUAAUUACAUAAUAAAAAAGAUUAAAUAGUGGAUUAAUGUGAGAGUUUGAAGAACCAAAUCGCGGUACAACAAAACUAAACGAAUGAAAAACUGGCCAAGGCUUCUGCUACUAAGCAAAGGAUUUAAAUGAUUAAAUAAUUGUUGUGCAUUCAAUGCAAACAAGCAGAACGGAAUGUUAUUUAGUUCCCCUGUUAACAUUUCCUAUUUUGUGAGACUUGCUUCUUAACCAAAAUAUCUACUAAUCAUUUUUCAUGUCCUCUCUAUGAAGUUCAAGAAUGCCAAGUUGAACAACUAUCCUCUAAGUAUAAAACUGCCAAUAUCAUAACCCUCUGA